UUCAGUGACGUGUUUUAAAGGGACCUUGUAGGCUGUCGCUUCAGUAGAAUCUACCUCGUUCUUGCCGCGCGGCCAGAAGCCCCGGUAUUAACUUCUGACGGUAACGGUGCUCAGCUAAAACCGCUACAGACACCCGCUACAGUGGAUGAAAUAUGGCCAGUACAGAGGGAAACAAACUUUGGGGAGGUCGUUUCGUGGGAGACACUGAUCCUAUCAUGGAGAAGUUCAAUGCAUCCAUCGCUUAUGACCAGAGGAUGUGGGAUGCUGACAUCCGAGGGAGCAAGGCUUAUGUGAAAGGUCUGGAGAAGGCGAAGCUAGUCACCACGGAUGAGAUGAACCAGAUUUUACAAGGGCUGGAUCAGAUUUCUGAAGAGUGGUCCAAAGGUGUUUUUGUCAUCAAACCUGGAGAUGAAGACAUUCACACCGCCAAUGAGCGCAGGCUGAAGGAGCUGAUUGGUGCCCCUGCAGGGAAGCUGCACACUGGCAGAAGCAGAAACGACCAGGUGGUGACUGACAUGAUGCUGUGGCUACGAGAUGCUAUCUCAACCCUCACAGAAAACGCCCUACAGCUGGUGUCCACCAUGGUGGAGCGGGCAGCAGCAGAAAUUGACGUCCUGUUUCCUGGUUACACCCACAUGCAAAGAGCUCAGCCAAUAAGAUGGAGCCACUGGAUUCUGAGUCACGCUGUUGCUCUGAGCAGGGACGUGGAGCGGCUUCAGGAGAUCAAGAAAAGAGUUAAUGUUUUACCUCUCGGCAGUGGGGCCAUUGCUGGAACACCACUCGACAUCGACAGGGAGCUACUGCGCCAAGAGUUGGCGUUUGAUGGCAUCAGUCUCAACAGCAUGGACGCCACAGGCCAAAGAGACUCUGUUGUGGAGUUCUUGUUCUGGGCUUCGCUGUGUCUGACCCACCUCAGUAAAAUGGCUGAGGACCUGAUGCUGUACAGCACAAAGGAGUUCUCCUUCAUCACACUGUCUGACGCCUACAGCACAGGCAGCAGUCUGAUGCCCCAGAAGAAGAAUGCUGACAGUCUGGAGCUGAUCAGGAGCAAAGCAGGUCGUGUCUUUGGCAGAUGUGCAGGGUUCAUGAUGACACUGAAGGGCCUGCCCAGCACCUACAACAAAGACCUGCAGGAGGAUAAAGAGGCCAUGUUUGACUGCUAUGACACUGUUCAUGCUGUGCUGCAGGUGACGAAUGGAGUCAUGUCGACUCUACAGAUCAACCAGAGUGUGAUGGAGGCAGCUCUCAGUCCUGACAUGUUGGCUACUGAUCUGGCCUACUACCUUGUGAGGAAGGGAAUGCCUUUCAGAGAGGCCCAUGGUGUCUCUGGUAAGGCUGUGUUUACAGCCGAAUCCAAAAAUGUCACCCUGAAUCAACUCACUGUGGAAGACCUGAGUGCUGUUAGCCCUCUGUUUGAAAGUGACGUGUCCUCAGUGUGGGACUACAGGAGCAGUGUGGAGCAGUACAGUGCUCCUGGAGGCACAGCCAAGAGUAGUGUCGCUGCACAGGUGGAGUACCUGAGGACCUGGCUGAAGAAACAGGCACAGUGACCUUGAACCAGUUUCACCUUUAAAAAUCUGAAUCAGGUUUACUGCCAAAAUUUUGAUAAGUAUGACACUUUAGGUCAAAAUGACGUAUUUAUGACUUGGAAACCAUGUUGCCUUUCAAACAUUCUCCUCUCUUCUUCAUACUGUACAUGUUACAUGGAUGAUGUGCAAUCAAUGAUCUGAUAAUGCACAGAAAUGUUACAAAAUACCUGACCAGUGUAAACUAGGUGAAAUAAAUAAAUAAAUGUUACUCAAACUUG